AUGCGAGGUGAUCCUGACAGCUGUGGUGUAUGGGCUCCUUGUCUAACUCACGACGGUGAGAAGUUCUGGCUGGUCUACACCGAUGUCAAGCGCAAGGACGGCUCUUUCAAAGACACACCAAACUACAUUGUUCAUGCGGACAAGAUCGAAGGCCCGUGGUCGGACCCAAUCUACGCCAACUCAUCAGGUUUCGACCCGUCUCUUUUCCAUGAUGAUGAUGGUAAGAAGUGGUUCGUGAACAUGCUGCAAGAUCACCGCCGCCGCCCCAAGUCGUUCGCGGGUAUCAGACUUCAAGAGUUCAGCGCUUCCGAACGAAAGCUUGUUGGCCCAGUCAAGACGAUAUUCCAUGGUACGGAGUUGGACCUUGUGGAAGGCCCUCAUAUUUACAAGAGGAACGGCUACUACUAUCUUUUGACCGCUGAAGGUGGCACUGCGUAUGAGCAUGCUUGCACGUUGUGCCGGUCGAAAGACAUCUGGGGGCCGUAUGAGCUGCAUCCGCAAAAGUAUAUCCUCACAUCUAAAGACGCCCCGCUUGCGCCUUUACAAAGAGCCGGACAUGGAGAUAUAGUCCACGAUCCAAAUGGGAAACCAUACCUCGUACAUCUUAUGGGUCGCCCCACGACACAGUUCCGACGAUGUGUACUUGGCCGUGAAACUUCGAUCCAAGAAUGCUACUGGGGUGAUGACGACUGGCUAUACGUCAAGAACGGCCCUGUGCCCUCACUCGAUGUCGAACUUCCCGGGGCGCGUGACGACACCGCAUACUGGUCCGAGCAACGCUACGAUUUCAAGGGCACGGAACUGCACAAGGAUUUCCAGUGGCUCCGUACCCCAGAACCAGAACGGAUCUUUGAAGUCAAGGAUGGUCUCCACCUCACAGCUCGUGAAGCCAUUGGAUCCUGGUUCGAGCAAGCCCUGGUUGCACGACGCCAAACCCACUUCUCCUACGAUGCGGAAACGACAGUCACUUUCUCUCCUACCGAUGAGAGGCAAUUUGCCGGGUUGACAGCGUAUUACUGUCGCUAUAACUUCUUUUACCUCACCGUGACAGCCCACGCUGAUGGAAAGCGCGAGUUGCUCAUUAUGAGCUCAGAAGCAUCGUACCCUGAAGGCCGCCUUAGCUUCCCUCUCUCAGAUCCAGUUCAGAUUCCGCAAGAAGGCAAAGUCAAGCUGGCGCUCAGCAUUCGCGGCAAAGCGCUCCAGUUCAAGUACGCUCUUGAAGGCGAGGAACUGAAGGAUAUUGGUCGCGUCUAUGAUGCAUCGAUUUUGAGCGACGAGUGUGGAGGGCAUCAAGCUCACGGUAGCUUUACAGGAGCAUUCGUCGGUGUUGCUGCCUCGGACAUCAACGGCACAGAGCUGAAAGCAGAUUUCGAUUACUUCGUGUACCGGCCGGUUAAGCACGAAUCGGACCGCUAUGACAUGGGCGCAUAGAUCUAAAAUGUGCAGUCAGGAACCAAUUCUGAAGCAGGUAUACAGACCAAUGGAAUGGGCAUCCUGAUCGACCAUACGUGCGAUGCACAACGAUUCACGAUGCUGCACAGGAUGUUGAUAAUACCCUCCUGCUACCAGUCCCAAGACCGAGUAUGUCUGGGGCGGAAAGCUCGGCAUCUAAUGACUAGAGCCCACACAGUGACUUUUUUCCUUCUUUGCCCUUGGUAAAAUCGCCAGAGUCGUGACUGAGGCACGAAAUGUGCGGCCCAAGGCCAGGAGUUGUGAGGUACGGGAACAGGGGUAGGUGUCGGUUCUUCUUAUUGGUCGCGUCCUCCACGCACAGUCGUGUUCGCGACUUCAUCUGUUUGAUCACCACUCUGACACGCCGCAACACCGUUCAACACUUCUUCUGCCACUCUUCCUGACAUGUUCGAUAUGGGGUAACCUUCCUUUGUAUAGCUGCUUCGGAUGACUGUAUCGUUCUUCU